CACCCCAAUUUUUCCAGUUUUUUAUUGAAAUUCACGCAGUUCAAGUCAAAUGAACAGCUUGAAAGGGUACAAAGGUAAGUGGUGAACUGCCAGAGGUAAAUAAAAAAAGGUAAGGUUAACCAAAACUGAAAAAUAAUGUACAUUUCAGAAUUAUACAAGUACGGUAGGCCUUUUUCAGGGAACAAGAAAUGGGUUAACAACUUAACUCUAUGGAGUCUUUUGCUAUUUUGUCCAUUUUUGAAUUAUUUUCAUGUCUUUGUAAGUAAUUUUGUGUCUUUUUUUGGUCAUUUUGUGUCUUUUGGUGUCUUUUUUUGGCAUUUUGUGUCUUUUUUUGGUCAAUUUGUGUCUUUUUUUAGUCCUUUAGUCCAACAUAAAAUGUGAUUUUGAAUCUUUUUUUUACUUUCAAAACACUAUCAUGCUCAAUAAAGAAUUUUAAAUGUUGCAAAUGUGCAUUAAUUUCAGAGUACACUGAGACAUUAAACUGCAUCAUUUUCAAUUAAAUUCUGGAAAAGUUGGUGUGUUCUAAAACUUUUUACCAGUAGUGUAGGUAACCUGCAGACAUAUGGAGCCUGAGUCACGCUGGUCUGAACGCUGGUAAACUCUGCACAGUCCCAAAAGCAACACAAAGGUCUGUAAAACAUCUGUAAAACAUCUGUAAAACAUUUGUUCCCUCUCAGAUAAGAUUUCCUCAUUCAACUCUGCGCCGCCACCCCGGGCGUGUAAAACACAACAGCCUGUGUCUGGCGAGCGCUCAGAGCUGUGAGGAGCUUUUUACAGCUGCUGCGUCAAAACAGUUUCUCUACUGUGGAUUUAAAGUAUUUCUCUGAGUAUUAUGGAUGCUCGAAGGGUUCGGUUGAUGUUUUGCCUUCUCCUGCUGGCACACUGCACGCUCCAGCAGACCUCCUCAAAGAAAAGAAAUGGCAAAAAAGACUCUGCAAACAGUGCUGCGAUAGAGGAGAUGAAGAAACAGAUUGAUGACAUUGUUCAAGAGCUGAAUUUAAUGAAAGAACAGCAAGCCUUGCAGACAGUUUGUCUACGAGGCACCAAGAUCAUCGGCAAGUGUUUCCUGGCCGACCCAGUGAAGAAGAACUUCCACGCAGCCAGCGAUGACUGCAUCGCCAAGGGUGGCAGCCUGAGCACUCCUCUGACAGGAGACGAGAACGACCAGCUCUACAGCUACGUACGGCAGAGCAUCGGCCCAGAGGAGCACAUCUGGCUGGGCAUCAACGACAUGGUGACCGACGGCCAGUGGGUCGACCAGUCGGGCUCCAACGUUCGCUUCAAGAACUGGGAGACGGAGAUCACCCUGCAGCCGGACGGAGGGCGCAGCCAGAACUGUGCCAUCCUCUCCACCACCGCAAACGGGAAGUGGUUUGAUGAGAGCUGCCGAGCUGAAAAGGCUUCUGUGUGUGAGUUCAACAUUGUCUGA